AUGAAGCAAGGCAUCCUCUCAUUCGGCCUCCUCGGACUGGCAGUGCUGAGUUCUAGUGCAGUCCUGUCCUCAGAUUCAAAUCAGAAUCAGUCUAUUCAGUCCAUUUCACGGCCCCCACACAAGAAGAAUCUUCGUGAUUGUGACUGUUUCACCGUGUCCGGUCCCGACCCAGGGUACUUCCAACACUACAAGCUCUGGGACUUUCGCUCCGUUCCAUUGCAGAAAGAGCGCCAUUCGAAUCAACCGGAUCCAGACAAUGGGUCAGAUGAUAGGUGGCCAGAUUUGAAGGGCAAGAAACGAAAGAGUCAUCGGCACGAUGAGGACGACGAUGACGACGAUGACGACGACGACGACGACGAGCAUAACGACGAUGACGAUGAUGAGGACGACGAGGAAAACGAGGACCCCGAGAGCCUCUGGUUCUUCGAGACAGCAUUUGACAAGGACUGGCUAAGCCAGCAGUGGCAGCGCCCUCAAACGUCCCUUGCUCCCGUGACUAUGAUCAACUCCAAAAAGAACAUCUUCUUCACUAAGAAUCACCAGCAACUCGAUGAUGAUCUCGCCACCUAUCUUGUCAUGCGCUCACAUCGUCACUGGAACUAUACCAGUACUGCCGAGAUCGAAACACGCGUCCGCAAUAUCUUCCGCUGCUCCAUACGCGUUCAUUUCCGCAUCUUGCCGGUCAAUACGGUGAUUUCGCAACCUCCAGGCACGGAGGAAUGGCCUCUGUUAGAUCUCCAACAAGAUGUCACUCCAAUACUAGGUAAGCAGACUCUGUCAGAAAACGGAACAGCUUCCAUCGCCGAAGCCCGACCUCCUACCGGAGCCUGUGUCGGCAUUUUCACAUAUCACGCCCGCAACUGUGAAUCCGACAUCGAGAUUCUAACCAGCGACCCAUUGUACCGGGUACACUAUGCCAACCAACCCGAUUAUGACCCGGAAACGGAUGAAAUGAUUCCUGGCGCCAGCACAGUUGCAGAUGUCCCAGUACACUGGACAACCUGGUCCACGCACCGUCUAGACUGGCUUUCCGACACCUCGCGCUGGUGGGUGAAUGACGAGCCCCAAGCAGCCAAGACCUACCGCGUGCCCAAUCUCCAAAGUAGACUGGUGAUCAAUCUUUGGAGCGAUGGAGGGGUAUGGACCGGUGACAUGCGAAUCGGAGACAGCAUCUUCCUAGCCAUCGAGUACAUCGAGCUCGCGUACAACCGCUCCUCCGACGGCUCCGGUGGCGUAACGAUUCCGCCAUCGCAACGACAUGGUGGCCACCAAGAACCUUUCGGCAACAGAUCGGUCGCUGAAUUCGAUCCUAUGUGGGGAGAGUCAUGGGCGCCGAACACUGACAUCGUCGAGGGGACCACCAAGAAGAAACACAAAUGCAAGAAGGGCAAGUGCCACAAGCAGAAAAAGAAGCAUGGCAAAGGCCGGAAGCAUGGCAAAGGUCGGAAGCAUGGGAAAGGGGCGGAGCAUGAGAAGCACUCGUGGUGUCGCCGUGCCUGUAAUAUCGAUGACCUUCAUUUUGCCAAUGGCGGACUAGCCUAUUGA